AACCAUUAACUCUCUACAACUCCAAUGGGAAGACAGAGAUUAGAAGACGAAGAGAUCACCGCAGGAUCUGAGCCGCCUCCUCGGCCUCCUCCCGCGGCUUCGCCUUCCUCCAUUAAUGGUUCUCCUCAACCUCCAUACCAUCCUCCUCCACCACGAGGCACGCCGGUGAACUUUGCUCCGGCGAGUCCUGCGUCUGCGUAUGACUCCAAAUCGCCUGCUUCCAAUAUUGGGAGGCCUUGGUCAACGGGCAUGUUUGACUGUGGGCAGAACCAGACCAAUGCUAUCAUGACGGCAUUUUUUCCUUGCGUUACAUUCGGGCAGAUUGCAGAGAUAUUGGAUGAGGGAGGGACGAGUUGCACGCUGGCCAGUUUUAUGUACAUUCUGAUGGUGCCAGCACUACUGACCUGCUGGAUCUUAGGCUCCAAUUACAGGAAGAAGAUGAGGAACAAAUAUAACCUCGUUGAGGCUCCAUCGGAGGACUGGACAGUCCAUCUUUUCUGCUCCUGUUGUGCUCUCUGCCAGGAGUUCAGGGAGCUUCAGCACAGAGGCAUUGAUCCCUCUCUAGGAUGGAUGGGUUUCCAGGCUCAGAAGCAGUGGAUGACGAGCACUGUUCCUCCCAUGAGCCAGUUUAUGAGCAAGUAAAAAAAGAAAGUUUAGAUUUGAAUCGCUGGCUGUGGGUUGUGAGGUUGUUUGUUAUUUUUUCUUGCGUACAGAUUGUGUUGUGUUGGUGUUGGCCUAUCUUUGCUGUGCCUCUUAUUCUUUCUUUGGUUGAAAACAGAACUGUUGCUGGAACUAUGGCUGAUUGUUUGAUGAAAUCAAUGAGUGAUUGCCUCA